UUUUUCAGUGGGGCGAGUUGGGCACAGCUUACUAUAUAAAAACAUGGCGAAGAAUCAACACAUCCAACAGAAUGAAGGCCCGCUGGUCAAUAAUUUCGAAGUACCGUCUUGGGCAGGUAAACCACCACCAGGCCUCCAUUUGGAUGUUGUCAAAGAAAACAAAAUGGUUCAGAAAUUAAUGAUAGACACCAAGAAAUGUUACUUCUUUGGGAGAAAUAAACAGAUGUGUGAUUUCUGUAUCGACCAUCAGUCUUGUUCACGUGUACAUGCAGCUUUAGUGUGGCAUAAACAUUUAUCAAGACCCUUUAUAUUGGAUCUAGGCAGUACACAUGGCACCUACAUUGGCAGAAUACGGUUAGAAUCAAAGAAGCCACAACAAGUUCCUAUAGACAGUGAAAUUCAUUUUGGUGCAUCCACUAGACUCUAUAUUAUACGAGAAAGACCACAGACAAUAUCUGGACAAAUGAAUGAUGAUAAAGAUAAAAGAGGCGAGGAUUUAGAAGGCAGUUUGUUAGGAUUACCAGAAACUGAAACAGAAUUAGAUAAUUUAACAGAAUUUAACACAGCCCACAACAGAAGAAUAGCAUCAAUGAAAGAGGAUGGCCCAGCCCCUAAUCCAUUAAAGAGAAAACAUAAAAAUGCCCAUGUGUUCUUUUAUGAUGAGGAAGAUAUAAUAAAUCCAGAGGAUAUUGAUCCAACAGUUGGCAGGUUCAGAAAUCUUGUAUCUACAACAGUUAUACCCACAAAGCGACAGAAAUUAGAUGGGAAUUUACUAUCAUCUUCAGGUUCAAUGACAGACAAUAUUACAAAAAGACUACAAAGUUUCUCGUACUCUAAUCCUAAUUUAUAUGGUGAUUUGCCAUCUAGUGACUCUACAGCAAGUAUAGCUAGUAAAAUGGGAAUACAUUUACCCAAUCUGGCUCCUGACAUUGAGGAAGAACCCACAACUCUACCUGUAAUAGAUGCUAAUCAACAGGUGGUGUUCCAAGUAGAGGAGGGAUCAAAGGAACCCAGAAAGAAGAAAUAUGCAAAAGAAGCAUGGCCAGGCAAAAAACCAACUCACUCAUUUCUUGUGUAGUAUUGCAUUGUAUUUUAUGUUCUCAUUUAAAACAAAUAUACAUAGGUCUGAUCAUACAUGGAUUAUUUUAAUUAAAAAUAAUAAAGAAGUCACAUUGAUA